GAAAAGUCUCCUCGAUGGACAAGAGGUUACUCGGGUGAUGAGAAGAUCGUGGAUUCAAAACAAGCAUAUUUAAUUUGGGAAGGCGCUGCAGGCUAUCCCAUUUGGGCUUUCCCAACUCAAGAUAUAGCUGGUCUUGUCAAGAAUGAUCAUGUCGACGGUGGUAAGGAAGGUCUUCGAGGACAGUGGUUCGAUGUUCAACUCAAGGACAAGAAAAUUGAAAAUAUCGGCUAUACUAUCAAGAGCGACACGCCUGGAUUUAUUGAAGAAGCCAACAACUUGGUGGUGAUCGAUACUCCCAAGGUCGAAAAAUGGUUGGAGGACGAUGAAGAAGCCAUAGGUCAUCCCAUGGACCCUUACCACCGUGUGGAUGCACGCUUAAGCUCCCGCCACGUAAAGGUAGUCAUUGACGGGGUAACCAUUGCUGAAACUCAGACUGCAGCCUUCCUGUAUGAAACCGGAUUCAUUACUCGGUAUUACAUUGAUGCCAUUGAUGUCCAACGAAUUGAUCUAUUCCGCCCAUCAACACUCAACACUGUAUGUCCAUACAAAGGCGUUGCGUCUUAUUUCUCAGCUACCGUGAAUGGUAAAGAAUAUCCUAACAUUGUAUGGACCUACUUGGACCCUGUGGACGGUCUUCAAAAACUCAGAGGGCGUUGGGGUUUUUACAACGAAAAGCUAGAUAUUUAUGUGGAUGGUGAA